GGGGCUUUCGAGUGAUUUUCAAGCCGAAUGUAACAGAUGUCAAACGGGAAAAGCACAAGGCACACAGCUCUCUUUCUGUGUGUGGCUGUCUCUGUCUUUCUUCUUCUCUUUUAUUUGCCUUAUUCUAUAGGAUUGUUGUCCUCUAAGAUUCUACCUGGGAUUUUCCUCUGGAAAAGUUGCUGCGGUUCAAUCAAAAUAUGGAACUUGAUUUUGGACAUUUUGACGAAAGAGACAAAGCAUCUAGGAAUAUGAGAGGGACACGGAUGAAUGGGCUUCCAAGUCCCACUCAUAGUGCCCACUGUAGCUUCUACAGAACCAGAACCUUGCAGGCACUAAGUAACGAGAAGAAGGCCAAGAAGGUACGUUUCUACCGCAAUGGGGACCGCUACUUCAAGGGGAUUGUGUACGCUGUGUCUUCUGACCGUUUUCGUAGUUUUGAUGCGUUGCUGGCUGACCUGACUCGAUCCUUGUCCGACAACAUCAACCUGCCUCAGGGAGUGCGCUAUAUUUACACCAUCGAUGGAUCCAGGAAAAUUGGAAGCAUGGAUGAACUGGAAGAAGGGGAAAGCUAUGUCUGUUCCUCAGACAACUUCUUUAAAAAGGUUGAGUACACCAAGAACGUCAAUCCCAACUGGUCUGUCAACGUAAAAACAUCUGCCAACAUGAAAGCUCCCCAGUCCUUGGCUAGCAGCAACAGUGCUCAAGCCAGAGAGAACAAGGACUUUGUGCGCCCCAAACUUGUGACCAUCAUCCGCAGCGGGGUCAAGCCUCGGAAGGCAGUGCGUGUGCUUCUCAACAAGAAAACAGCCCACUCUUUCGAGCAGGUCCUCACUGACAUCACAGAAGCGAUCAAGCUGGAAACUGGAGUUGUCAAAAAACUCUAUACCCUUGAUGGAAAGCAGGUCACCUGUCUCCAUGAUUUCUUUGGUGAUGAUGAUGUCUUCAUUGCUUGUGGUCCUGAAAAGUUCCGCUAUGCUCAAGAUGAUUUUUCAUUGGAUGAGAAUGAAUGCAGAGUCAUGAAAGGGAAUCCAUCUGCCACAGCUGGCCCAAAAGCUUCCCCAACACCUCAAAAGACAUCAGCUAAGAGUCCAGGCCCAAUGCGUCGCAGCAAGUCUCCAGCUGACUCAGGUAACGACCAAGACGCAAAUGGAACUUCCAGCAGUCAGCUGUCAACACCCAAAUCGAAGCAGUCUCCUAUCUCUACACCCACAAGCCCAGGAAGUCUGCGGAAGCACAAGGUAGACUUGUACCUGCCGCUGUCAUUGGAUGACUCCGAUUCACUUGGCGACUCCAUGUGAAAGAUGAUAGGCUAUAUAAAAACCUAUCAUUAUAGCAGAAUACUUUCGCUCAAGUGACCAACAAGGCUAUUGGUGCUUAAACAUUUUUGUUGUUGUUGUUGUUGUUGUUGUUGUUGUUGUUGUUGUUUUUCAAAACACUCUGUAGUACAUAGGGUUUAUUUUCUUGUGACUUCUCCUCUGGGCCACUAAUUCACAAUUACCAAUUAUAAGAAAUAGAUUGAUAACCAUCCUUUUGAGUGACUUUUCAGAACUGCCAAAUGUGCUAGUCCAUGACCUUUCUACUGAAUGCUUAGGGGCCUUUGUAUUUUCCCCACUCAAUUUGUUCAGAUAGUAGUCUUUCUUAUGUGGAAGGCUGUUUACAUACAUAUCACUUAAAAUGUUUGUGUGUGGGGGAAACAUUCAUAUGCAGAUCUGAACGUGAAAAACCUAAGUGUCCCUUGCCUCUGUAUCUUCAAAAUGCUGGAGGAUCUCAGGAGGGUGGCAAGUCAGAUCCUUGGCCUCGCUCUUUGCUCUUAAUUGAGCCUCCAGUGUAUUGUCUAGCACUAAUCCUGUCUGUCAAGGAGGAGAAACACCAACUACUUAUAAUGUGACACCAUGUGCUUAGGGCUAUUGUAUAGGGCUAGCUGAAAGAGAUGAGGCAGAAUUGGGUGGAAAACUGCCCAAAUUUCAGUAGGAUUUAUAAAGCACAGUGGAUUCCUAGUCAACUCCUCUAUUGGGGAAAUUUGGAAUCAAUAAAUAAUUGAUGAGUUUGGGCAAGUGAUGUCACAUAUAUGGUUCCUCCAGGAGGCUUUCCAACAAAGUUAGUACAUGAAUAGUAUGGUAUCCAUCUAGUUCUGUUCUAUUGAAUGCCUUGUAAACAACCAACCCUACAAACACUGUGAGAUUUUGUUUUCAGGUCUGACACCUUUUGGUCGCUUUUUAUAGCAAGAAACCAUAUCCUUUUUAUAAAAACUCAAGUCUGUAUUUCAGGAGCAAAACUCUUCAGGCUCCUUUUUUAUAAACUGGUGAUUUUUUUCCUUUGUCUAAAAAACACAAGCAGAAAAUUUACUAAAAAAAAAUGCAGAAGAAUACUGUAGUUUAGAAAUCACGCUCUCACUGCCAAACAGAAAACUCCAGGAGAAAACACAAUGACUAGAGGCCAAUUCAAUAGAAUCAGUCUUUUGAUACCUUUUUAACAGUUACACUUACAGUAAUAAUUUCAAUGUGGACCAGACAUCCUAAUUAUAUUUUAAAUGAAAUGUUAUGGCAUAUUUUAAGUAACUCUUUUUUAUCGAUAAUCCUAAUAUUUCAUACUGAAGAUACAGAGACGUUUCACGUGUCUUUAACAUUAGAAAGGGUUUCUCUUUAUUAUGGAUUAAUCACUUGAAAUAACUCUUAGUCUUUGAGGUUUAUAACACUGAUUUUUGUCUGUAAUCAUAGCCCAUAAUAGCCAAGACAACUAAAUUUAGGUGAAAGCCAUGCAUGCCAAGUCUGUGUUUGAUUUUAAUAGGUAGGAAGAUUUCCUUUAUUUCUUUGUAAUUGUUUGAUCAGUUAGUUUGAAAGAAGCAUCAUUCAAAGCCAUGAUGUUUGGCUUCUGAAUGAUACGCAGUAGUCCCUCCAUUCUAAGUAGAAUGCGUGUGGGGUUCCUGUGUGUGUGUGUGUGUGUGUGUGUGUGUGUGUGUGUGUGUGUGUGUAGGCUGUUUCAUAAUUAGGAAAUACUGCAGGACAACUCAACAUGGAUUGAUGGCGACUUGGUGGUAUUGCUGAUGUGCAGGGGAAAAUAGAUGGGCGGGGUAGCUAGAGAGCCCCUUGAUAAUUUUCAGAUGUCCUUAAUUACAAGAUUACAAAAAACAUUGUUUUUCUUUGGUUCAGGAGAAGUGAGAUGAUGGGAGUUCUGGUUUCUGGUUAAACUGGCCAUUGAAGAACCCAAAAUGAUGAGGUUUUGCUCUUGCCCUUCCUUUAUUUGUAUACCCACAUGAAAUGAUUAAGAAGCCCAUUUGACUUAGCCCCCAUUUCUUUCUAGAAGCUCAGUGUGUUCUUAGUGCCUCCCAGAACAUUUGCGUUAAUUAGGGCAAAUUCGUUAUUGGGGAUGGAUAGAAAUAAUGGUGGGAGGUCUAUUUUUAAUCUCUGGGCCAGGUCCUCCAACACACUCUACGUCGGUCUUUCAGCAAAUCACUUGUAGUCCCCUGUCUUCAUUUAAGAUGAGAACAUGAAGAUCCAGACAGCUUAAUGAGCUGCUAGCAGAGAAAAUUCAAAGUUCCUCAUGCCCAUGCUUCUUGGUAGUUGUCUAAGUAUUUUCUUACUUGUGGCAUAUACAACACUAGAAAAUACGUUGGACAUAUUUUCUUUAGAAUGUUCUUGGAACAGACACUCUUCUAUAACAACAGUGCCCUUUCUGUCCAUCUUUGAACUAACUACAAGGAAAUCUUUUACAAAUAUUUUUCAUUUAUAGGCAUGCACAUAUAUACAUGUAAGAACACAUUUUGUUUUUACAGCUACUUCAUGUGGCAGGGCUUGGUAUAGUUGAAAACUCAAAUCUCCAAUAACUUCAUUUAAAAUUGGCUCAUAUUUAAGUAAAUUUUUUUUGCAGAACUGGGCUCAUAUAUCCCCCUUAUUCAUUUCCAAUUUUAUCACUUUAGACCCAUUGUGUUGAGUAUGCAUGGUCAGCAAGCAUUUGCCACCGCUUCCCAUAAUGUCUCCCUUUCUAUCACACACACACACACACACACACACACACACACACACACACACACACACACACACACACACUCCAUGUUGCUUGUUCCUACCUCCUGACUUUUCUUCCCCACAGAAGUAGAAAUAGAGGCAAAAAGGGAAAUGUAUAUAUAGGGGCUGGGUUGACAACUAACUUCAUAAGUAGUGGUAAUUAGAAUUAGUGAGAGAAAAGCUUUUCUCUCAUAACUGUUUUGGAAAGGAUAGCCAUUAGCAUGACUGCUGUGUGUCCUUACGGACUUAGUAUUAGCCUAGAAUGAAUCAUAGCAUUUUCUAGCUGGAAGGAAGCUUAAGAUCACAUCAUCUGCUCCAAAUUCUUCAUUUUCUUAAGGCCAAGAAACAGAGAAAGAAGUAAAGUAAUUUCACCCCAAGGUCGCACAGCUGCCUGUUGGCAGUGUUGGGAUUAGAACCUACACCUCUUGGCUCUUAUUCCAGGGUCUUUUCCAACUAGCCAGUAUUGUCUUCUGUGAGGCUCCCGAAAAUUCUUUCCCAGGGUCAUGUUGCAUCCUGGAUCCAUAUGCUACUUUGUUGAUCUCAGCAAGAAAUCCACUUAGCAACCUAAUCUGGUCCUUUCUCCUCACAUUCUCAUUGUUUCAUCCACAUGGGUUGCAGAUAGCCCCAAAGAAAGUGAGGACCGGAGGGUUGAUGCCCCACCUUCCAAAUACCCACCUCCCAUCUCCUGCUCUGUCCAAGUGGAAUGGAAAAUGACUACUUUUCACCUUAUCAGCUUCCUUCAAUGUCGUUUCACACUCAUUAUUUCUCCCAGGAUAAGGGAGUUGUUUCUUGUUUCCAGAGCAGAGAAAAUAAGAAAUGUAGAGCGAUAGCUUUGUUUAUUCUGAUUUUCUGAGAUGACUUUUUUUUAUCAUUUUAAAAACUAGCCUCACUAGCAUUUCUACUAACAACAAUUUCUUUAAAAUAUGGUAGUGAGCCAAGCUAGAGAAAGAUAGUCAAGUCUUGUAACUGUCCUCAGUCUCAAUGUCCCCAUAGCCACACUACUCUGAUGUAAACAAUUUUCAAGUAUAAGCAAGUAGUUUUGUCACUAAAUUGUCCCCUGACCAUUAAAUAUUGGUUCUUUGUACUUGUACCAAAAUAGCACAUGGUAACCUUACACAUUAUAUUAUAUUCUAGCUCUUUGUAUAGCCUAUUUUUGUGGCUUUCCAUGACAGAAAUUAGGACAACAUGAUCUGUACGUAUGGGUUUCUUUGCAGCAAGGCUCUCUGGGAACUAAUUAAAAUUAAUUGAGCUCUAAAAGACCUCUUAACUAGAUAUACCCAAGUUCAGGAACUCUUUUCUCCUCCUCUCCAGUUGGGAGUGACCAAGGAAUCCUAAAGUGGGUGUGUAGCUUCUAUAUUCUGGAUACUUCUUAGAAUCAUCCAGCCCAAAUUUAAGGCAAGUAACACAGUGCUUGUUUUGUAUAAAAGUGUGUGUCCAUCCCCAUUCUCUUCAAUAUUCUAGGUAGAGAUUCCACCAUUCCCUCUCACAUUUGCUUCCAGAUGGGUUUCCCUUUUAGAAAACAAAGAAGUAAUACAAACCCUUUGGAUGGGAGAAGUAGCAUGUCCAUGUGUCGCAAAUGAGCUUCUGCAAUGAUGAGAAUAUUUCAAGAGACUAGGCUGCCUAAGGAACAACUGUGCUAAGAGAGACUUCUCUAGCAGAAGCUCCAUGACAGUGUAGCUUUACUGACUUUCUUCACCAUGGUCUAGUUUACUAUGGAAAUAAAAGGCACUGGAUAUUUCUCUUUUCUUUCUUUUUUAAACUGGUGGUUGGAGCUUGUUCUUGGCAACAGAGGUCACUUGGAGCUAUAUCUAGGCCUCAUUUAUAUAUUGCCUUCACCAUAUUAAGAGGUUUAGCUUCUAGGCUCAAACUGGUUUCCUAUGAGGGUCGGGGUUGGGACUUGAGAGAUAGCUCAGCAUUUUAGAGCACUGGCUACUCUUCCAGAGGACCCAGGUUAAAUUCCCAGCACCCACCUGGCAGCUCACAACUGUCUGUAACUCCAGUUCCAGGGGAUCAGACAUGCAUGAAUGCAGGCAGAACACCAAUGCACAUAGAAUAUUUUUUUAAAAAAGGUCAGGGGUGUCUUGGAGUUCAUAUAGGGGCGUAGGAGAGUCUAUAGUCCUAUGGUUUAGACUUCAAGCUCUGAGAGAAGAAGGGAUGAGUAUUGACCUGGCCAUUUAAAAUAUGUCAGAAGUCAUCUAAGACCUCUUUUGUAACAACAGAACCCUGAAAAUGCUAAGGCUGCUGGAUUUCUUUCCAAGUCUGGAAUUUAGAAGCUGCUAUGUUUCUGCAUCUGCCCUACUGAAAACACACAUGUAGUACCACUCACUGUUCUGAGAAUCAUGCAGAUUUCCUCUUCUUUAAAAGCAUGGCCACCUGGAGCAUGGAGAGGUCACUGACUUUUCGUGCUUCCUUUUUGGUUAGAGAGGCAUCUCCCUUGGGGACAAAAUGGAGUUUCCUUAGCCAUCACACCAAAGGCCUCAUUUAUUCUUUCCAUCUAGCCUCUUAGUAUUGCUUUGCAUAUCUCCUCUUUAAGGAUCGAUGCAGAGAUCACGCUUUUGCCAAGCUGCUGUGAGAUUGGCUAUCAUUUGGGAAGCGAAGUGUUCCUUAGUUUACUGGUAUCAAAAUCUUCCGGAAUUAGAGGUGGUUUUCCCCCUCUAUCUGGGGUAUUUGGAGCUAGGGUAGUAGAGAAUUCUCAUGGGAAAGUGAGGCACUUUCCUGCUUGGGUUCGAAGGGCAGGUGAGUUGGAAAAGGUCAAAUAGAACACAGAAGUCAGAAAAGAAAAUCUCGUAAACGAAAGCAAAGACCUGAAAGCAUUGGAAUUUCUCAUUUCUGGACAAUAACUCAAGGAAAUAAGUGGCUUUUUGUCAUUCUACUUGCUGUUUCCUUUCCCCAUCUAGCUGCCUCAGUUUAAACUCUGCUAUCAAUCUCUCAUUCCAUAGUGAAAAAACACCCAUUCUUUGACUUACACAGUCCUUCCCCUUAUUUUGGAAUCCUUUGCUUCUUCCCUGCCUCACUACUGGGUAUAUGCCUCUUAGCUUGUAAGUUUUGCCUUGGGAUAGAAGAGAAAUUGUUUUCAGUCUCAAAAAUUUCAGGUCCUACCCUAUUAAGCCACAAGUAGGUUGGUGGAAAUCAACAUGAUUUUGGCCCUUUCUUCUUUUCUGUUUUAGUCUCAGCAGAUCUUUUCGAGCAUCGUUCUUACAGCUCAUGGAUGUUUAGGUCCUUACCUUCUAAGCAAGCAUUGUACAGAACACUUUGUGCUUCUUUUUUAGUCUGCCAUUUCGUGCAACAGUGUAGUGUGCUCAGAUAAAUAAUCAGCUGAACAGGAAAAAAAAAUCCACCCAUCCAUUCAAAUUGGCUAGAUAGUCUUACUUGAUUUCAUUUAAUUUGCUCAUAGUUUUAAAUAGCUGCAAAAUAAUAUCACGAGAGACCACAGGUAAUUGUUCCUGUCGUUUGGUUAGGUUGAAUGGGGAGGGGAAGCAGGAACAAUUUGUUCAAACUUUUACCACUACUCAUUAAGCUCUCUGUUAUAACAUUAUGAUCUGUUUCUGCCUGUUGAAUUGUUUAAGCUAAACUGGUAGGCAAAUGAGUUUAAUCUAAGCAAAAGAGUAUUUAACAAAUCCAGACUACAGAAGAAACUACUUAGUUGAAAUGCAUUUGUCCUUCUGAUCCUAGAUUUCCCUAAACAUUUUCCUUUUUAACACCAACUGUUCAUGAUCCAUCACAGGCUUUCCUUGUGUGAGUAAUUAGUGGGCUUAAGAAGCCUGCUAAUUAAUUCAACAGAGUGCACAACCUCGGGAGUGUCACUGCUUGGCAAUAACAUAUUCAUUGCCCAAUUUUUCAGUGACUUUUCUUUCUAAAUUCUCUUAAAGAUGUUUGAGAAAGUAAGAGGUUAUGCUAAAAUACAUGCAGUGUUUGGUAGUGUAUUAUAUUGCAGCAUUAAGCCAACAACCCCUUAUGACUUGUACACAUCUAAUGCAUGGUUUGAGACUGGAGUUUGCAUUUUUCAUGUGCAGUAAAUUAUUUAAAAUGUUUUUGGUCACCUUUUUGUGCCAUUAAACUUGUACAGAAAAUGCUUUUAUGGCCAUUUUCAAAGGGAGAAAGUUUAAAAUGGAAACAGCCCACCCUUUCUGCCCUAUAGCUGUAGUUAGACUUGAGUAACUGUAGCAGAACAGCUGUAAUUGGUGGUUGUAGUGUUAGAGGUGUUAGCUUGCUAGUGACUACCUUUGGAGAGUAAAUGCAUGGUCUUGUACAUCACAUUUCUUAAAUAACUCAUUUUAACCUCUGAAAAGAAUAGAUUAUCCCAUGUGGCCCUCUUCCCUCUCUCCAUUCCCUGCUCCCAGGUAUCUUACAAUUAACUGUAAAUAACUGAUUUAGGGGCCAAGAAUUCUUGCCAAGUAAACUCAGCAAAGAGCAAAUAAACCAAGAUUGGGGGAAGGGUUGAGAAGAAUUUUACAACAAUUUAUCAGAAGUUUUUGACCAUUUCUCAAGGAAUGGCGUGGUGAUCAAAGACUCACCUCUCUUUUACACAAAAAUCAGGAAAAUUGGGAGUGUCUUUGCCAGUUUGCAUUACAGAAUUGAAUUAAUUCUUGGAAUCACAUAACCCAAAGAUGUCCCUGAUACCUGCGUUAGUUUUGAAGUAUCUGGAGACAUCAGACCAAUAAUUAUUGGGGAAGAAGAAAAGCAAAACAGAGACAUACAACACAUAUAUAGGGGUUUCAGCUACCCCUCAGUCAGUAAAGCCAAGGACAUGAUGUGUUUAGAUGUAUUGCUGUCUUUUUCCCUGGUAACACAGCACACUCUUGGACUGUGGUGAUGCAAAGGCAGUGUUUCAAGAAGACACUCUCUUUUUGGUUUACUGGUCUCUCUUGGACUGGUAUGUUAGGCAAGGCCCAUGUAAGCUGGUUAGAGCAGACCCCUUAUAACUCCUGUGACUGUUAAUCUCCCCCACCAUAAUUUGAUGAGGGCUCUUUGGUUUGAGGACUUCAAGGUUGCCUAGGGAAGUUCCCCAUGUGUGUGAGGUGUUGUGAACUGUGAACACUGUGCAUAUGCAGUGUUCAAUGCUGGGCAGCCAAAGAGCUGUUCUUGCAAUCUUUUUUGGCUCUCGAGCUCUGUUCUCCAUCACAUUCUCAUUUCUGUGUACAUUUGCAAGAUGUGUGUAAUGUCAUUUUCCAAAAAUAAAAUUUGAUUUCAAUA